AUGGCUAGGAUAGUACCACUAAAUUUGCUGGCUAUCCAGUGUUUUCAAAGCAAAAAAAAACAAGGAAUUCACCAAGCCAAGCCGGAUUAUGCACCUCAAAGUGCAUGUGUGAGAGAAAUCCCAAGUUUGAAGAUUCGUGAGAAAAGCGGAAGGAAGAAGCAAGGACCAACAAAACCUCAACACAUAGAGCAAAGAAAAAAGGAGGAUGAUUGCGCUACCUCAUACAAGUACAACAACAACAACAACAAUGAUAACAAGGAAGAGGCAACAAACCGAAAAGGCGAAAAACGAAAUACCGUGCUUCCAGAAGGUGAUGAUGCAGGAUGA